UAAAAUCGAGAAAAUACAACAGGGGCGGACGUUCGUAAAUGAAGGCGGGAGAUGUCUUCCGGCAUUCAAACGUCAUAUAUCAGCAAAAAGCGGUUGUAAACACCAUGGAAGACAAUACUGGCCGUUGUAAUAGUAUUAUCACAAGAACUAAGAAGAGGGACGACUAUCUGGAGUGGCCUGACUACUUCAUGGCUGUGGCCUUCUUGUCCGCACAGAGGAGCAAAGAUCCCAGCUCGCAGGUAGGUGCUUGCAUCGUGAACCCAGAGAAUAAAAUUGUUGGCAUAGGCUACAAUGGAAUGCCCAAUGGUUGCGAUGAUAACCAGUUGCCAUGGGCUCGAUCGGCUGACAACCGUCUGGACACUAAAUAUCCUUAUGUGUGCCAUGCAGAGCUCAAUGCCAUAAUGAACAAGAACAGUGCAGACGUCAAGGGCUGCACCAUGUAUGUUGCGCUCUUUCCUUGCAACGAGUGUGCCAAGCUCAUCAUCCAAGCAGGAAUUAAGGAAGUGAUCUAUCUUUCUGAUAAGUACCACGACGCACCAGAGAUGACCGCUUCGAGGAUACUACUCAACAUGGCAGGAAUACAGCAGAAGCAAUUCAAGCCCAAGAGGACUUCGAUUGUCAUUGACUUUAACUCCAUUGACCCUCCUGCAGUUGAACAGCUUGACGCAGUGAUGAUGUCUGAUAACAGGAAAUCCUAAAUGUGAGACAAGACAUAAAAUGAGACACUUUUGGACUUUUUGUUUGUUUGUUUCGGGCUGCCAUACUGUUUUAACGCAAAUGUCUUAGAAGAAUGUCACUUAUAAUACUCAAUUGUAGGAACUUUUUAAUGUGGUUCUAUGGAAUUAACAUCAGUAUAAGAAGUCUGGUCUGUCAGGGGGACCAGACAUGCGUUUUCAAGUAUUUUCCUUAAAUAUAUGAAUAUUUUUAUCCAAGUCUUUACCUCUUUUACUUAGUUGAAAGUGUUUUUCAGUUCCUCUGACCUCUUAAAAGCUAAUAUUAAUUCUUAGUGUUAGCAUUUAAAAAUAAAAGCAGCUUAUUUCUGCUCCCUAUUCAUGAGCGGUUCUGUUCUGUGAAGACAAUUUGUCCUCCUAAGGGUGAGCUGGAAUGUGUCCCAGCUGACUUUGAGUGAGAAUUGGGGGUAGACUCUGGAUGACCACCAUUCAAUCGCUUAGAAAAAAACAUACAUAUUCACACUUAUAAACACUUGACAGUCUACAAUUAGACUGAGUUUUGUAGAAUGGGAAAAAUAAAAUCUGGCGUAUUUUGAGAGUUCCUGACUGCGGCUGACAUGCCAAGUUUUUCAUAACUUACAUGCUAAAACUAUCAAAUUCAUAUUUUUUUCUCUGGAAUUUGGAUUCCACUGAAAUGACAUGACUUGUACUGCUGCUGGACUGCGGUUGCAUGCUGUUUAAGGUCAAGGUUCUAGAAUGACCUAUUGAUUUUUAAAAAGUAUACUUGAAAAUAUUCUCAUAUCAAUGCAUGCGUUUUUAGCUACAGUGCCUUAAAAUGUGUUUCUAAUUAAAUGUUGUAACGGGUGUUAACCAUGGUGACUUCAUUCACAGAAAAAUGCCCAAAUCCACCAAAUAUGUUCCUUCCUAUUAUGCACUGUAUGUGCCGCAUGCAUCUCUGUGAAACAAAUAUUUUCGAGCAUUUUGUGGAGCCAUAGUGAUGUAAUUUCUAAAAAUUGACCACAAGUUGGAAUUAUUGGUAAUAAUAAUAAUGUGAAACCUUAAAGGCCUACUGAAACCCACUACUACCCACCACGCAGUCUGAUAGUUUAUAUAUCAAUGAUGAAAUAUUAACAUUGCAACACAUGCCAAUACGGCCUUUUUAGUUUACUAAAUUACAAUUUUAAAUUUCCCGGGAGUUUCGUCUUUGAAACGUCGUGUACGUAAGACGUCUCAGGUGUUUAGGGAGUAUGAGCGCUGCGCACACACAUAGCUAAAUGUCGUCUGCUUUAACGGCAUAAUUACACAAUAUUUUGGACAUCUGUGUUGCUGAAUCUUUUGCAAUUUGUUCAAUUAAUAUUGGAGAAGUCACAGUAGAAAGAUGGAGUUCGGAAGCUUUAGCCUUCAGCCACACAAACACACGGUGAUUCCUUGUUUAAAAUUCCUGGAGGUGAAACUUUCCUAUGGAUCAGAGCGCGGUCAAGCCAACAUGGAUCCCUACCAAAUGUCAACCAGCAGGUUUUAGGUGAGAAAAUUGUGGUUAAAAAGUCAGUUCUUACCGGAGAAAAGCUGAGCUUGUGCCGUCCAUAGCUGCCGUCGACUCCCCUGAGACACUGCGCGUCAACACACCCGUGGAGACACCCUUCCGACUAUCAGGUACUAUUUAACUCACAAAAACACUAGCAACACAAUAGAAAGAUAAGGGAUUUCCCAGAAUUGACCUAGUAAAUGUGUCUAAAAACAUCGGAAUCCGUCCCAAUGCAAUGGCGUUUUUUUUAUUUUUACUUUUUUUUUUUUUUUUAGUCCGUCGCUAUCAAUAUUCUCAAACACAAAUCUUUCAUCCUCGCUCAAAUUAAUGGGGAAAUUUUCGUUUUCUCGGUCCGAAUAGCACUUUUUGUUGGAGGCUCCGAUUAAAAAAAAUUUGAAUAUGUGAGGAGCCAUCAAACAUGUGACUUCAUCGUCUGCGACUUCUGGUAGAGGCAGGGCUUUUCUCUUAGGACUGAAAGUUGCGAACUUUAUCGUGGAUGUUCUCUACUAAAUCCUUUCAGCAAAAAUAUGGCAAUAUCGCGAAAUGAUCAAGUAUGACACAUAGAAUGGACCUGCUAUCCCCGUUUAAAUAAGAAAAUCUCAUUUCAGUCGGCCUUUCAUGUUGGACCUACCUCCUUUUUCCAGACACUUUAUCUCACACACGUCCUUUCUGGAUUAAAAGUAUUUUCAUGUAAAAGUCCCACUCCUAUUUUUUACCGCAGUUGUCCCUCGUUUAUCACUGUUCCGAACACGACUGCAAUAAACGUUAUUUAUAAAAUAAACAUGUUCUUAGCUAGAGCAUAAAAGCACACUUGAAGACCUUCUGACAUUUAUGGGAGCCCUUUAGACAUGAUUAAGAACAUCCUUUAGUCACCUUUACACACUUUUAAUCCAAAAUAAUAAAGCUGGUGAGGCUGAGCCAAUCAAUGGCCAUGAUGCUGAACUGUUAGGUCUGAUUGGUUUGGUCUCAUCUCCUGGCCACUCCUACUGUAGUAACGAUAUUUUUAUUUCAUGUAGCCAUUUUUAGGCUUGGAAAUGCUUAAUUUAUGAGCGAAUCUUUUGUACAAUAUGCUUUAAAAAACAAAAUUUGUGGUGAUAUAAACAUUGAAAUAUACAUAUCUAUGUAACAGCUACAAAUAAACAUUAGUCAUUUAUUGUUUUCAUCAGAAUUUUGUAUUUGCAUGGGUCUUUAUUGAAGGUUUGGAGGUUUAUUUUUGGUUUGUCUUUACUUUUAAGGAUUUUGAGUUAUUUUGAAGGUGUGUGGCUGUGACAUCCAGUAGUUGUCAGUCUUCAGUCUGUCAGGUGCUUCCCUUUCUGACGAUUAGACAUUGGGAAUGUUUUUCAGGGUUUAAACAUUAAUUGGAGUGUAGUUGUUGUUUUUUUGGAGUGAAGAACAGCUGACAGGCAAGCAUGACUAUGUGAGCACCACAUUUUCUUUGUAUAUAUGCUUUUUUUGUGUGUGAGAUGUGUUCAGGCCAUAGGAGGAAUCCAAGUAAGUUUUUUUUUCCACCACACUGCAGGAAUAAACUUUUUUUUUUAUCCAA